UGUCCCUCAGAUUUUGUUUUCUUCAAUUUGGACAAGGAAGGGUCAGAUUGGCUCUUAUGUACGGGACUUCCCUGCAACCCAUGCUCUGUUGGGGCCCACCAUGUUGGUUUUGUUAUAUCCACUACGUUCAUCCGUUUUUUUAUCUCAUUUAAGCAGACAAUUUCAAAGAUGGAGGAGAUCUAAAAUUCAGGUGGCCCACACCACAGGGAACAGUUCAGAUGGACACGCCAACCGUUGAAACGUUUUUGGGGCCCACAGAAGUUUUGGAUCAGGCUGGAUUGGAUGGCCUAUAAACAUCAUGGUGGGCCCACAAACGUUUCAACGGAGGGCGUGUCCAUCCUCACCGUUUCCAUGUGGUGUGGCCCACUUUAGUUUUGGAUCUCUGCCGUACAUUUUUUUCCGUGGAUCUUCUUUCCACGGGGAAUGAUCCCAUGCGUUCCAAGAAAUGUUACUUGGUAAUUAGUAUACCUGCGAGCCUUGUGGGGCCCACCGUGAUGUGGUAGUACCAUCCAUCCUGUCCAUCAGGGGACGCGGAUUGCGUACUGACAGCGUCAGUAGCGAGGUGGCUACUGACAAUGCUCUGUGGGCCCCGUAUGGUAUAUGUGUGUUUAAUCCAAGCCGUCCAUCUAUUUUUCCAGAUCAUUAUAGAGCAUGAGCCGAAAAAUGAGGGUGAUACAAACCUCUAGUGGAGCACACCACAAAAACCACGACCCUCUUAGAUAUCCUCCAUUGAGGUGAGGCCCAUCUUGUGGAGGGCUUGGAUCGACGAACACGACAGCAGAACCAACUGAUAUAGUCUCGACGUAUCGUGCUGUGGUACAUCCCUACUGUAUCCAUUGAUCUGGAAGAGGAGAACUGAGUCACGGCGAAUCGAAUUGUUGAGUCGGGAGUCGCGACAGAGCAAUGCCCAUGUCUUCCCACUCCGACUUCUCCCGUCUCAACGCUCUCAUCAACGACUCUCUCCGCCGUUAUUACACCGAAAUGGACUCCGUUCUUCUUCUAACAAAGGAAAAGGAGAAGAAUCUUCUGAUUCUCCUCUCUCAGGUUUCUAGAGAAAUUAAAGCAUGGACAAGCGAACAGCAUCACUGCAAUUCCAGUGAAGCUGUGAACCCGGCCUUAAAUGAUCAAUGCUGUCGGGGGCCAGAUCCACUUUGUGGAUGUUAUAAUUCCUUAGCUAAUACCAUAUCUAUUUUGGUGGUUUUCCUGACAGUUGAAAGUCAGUAUAUUCAACAUUUGGCUGGAAACGUUCUGGUCGCCAUCUCCAAUUUUCUUGUGAAAUCUGGAAGCAAAUGGGAGGAAUUUCUUCAUUUGUUGUGGGCUAGUUUAGAAGCUGCAAUUUUGAAUAUCCAUUCAUUCUCAUCAGUCUCUUUGCCAGAUAGAUCAAUUAUCCUGCCAGAUGAAAGAUCAUCAUGCCAUUACUCCCAUACAACAGAUAAGGCCACUGGGACUGCAAAUUCAGACUGUGGUACUGCAAGCGUCAUUUCAAUUUUACGACCGAAGCUAUCAAAUGCAAACUGGGUUACGGCAACUGGCCUACUUCGAGUUCUACGCAACAUACUAAAAUCUUUAAAACAAGACCAUGGCGAACUUUUAGGAGCAUAUUUGCAUUCUUUCAGUUCUUUUCCAAGCGUGCCAUGGGAUUUGUUACAUGAGAUCUAUGUUGGUCAGAGUGGUGGACAAUGGGCAAACUCCAAGGAUACUUUACCUCAUGGAAACAUUUGUUCUCCACGGUCGAAGGAUGUCUUCUUAGGGACACUGCUUCAGCUUUGCUGUUCCAUGGCGGACCGGACAUUAUUGGAGGAAAUCGUGGGUGGUUCAUUUGAUGAGCUUGCUUUCCUUGCUAAAAUCACCAACCUUGUUCCUAAGUUUUUGUGUUGGUGUUUCUCUGAGCAUGUAGAUUAUGAAGGCAACUGCAUUUCUCGAUACUUGAGACAUAAGAUGCUGAUGCUAAUGAUCAGGCUUGGUUUUCAUAUUCAUCAGCAACAUUCCACUCUUGUUUUGUGGUUGCAAUUACUUCAAAAAUAUUUUGAAGAUCUCUUGUACCAACCCAUCUCUGACCAUCAUGGUCAUGAAGACUAUUUAGAAGGAUCCCCGUUUCGGUCAAGUAUGGCUGGUGGAGAAAAAACAUAUAAUUUAAGUGACCGGCACUUACAGAGACAGGCCAUUUUCCUUCAUUUCAAGUGCUCCUUAAGUUUGUUCAGCCUCAAUGAAGAAACUGGUGGAAAAUGUACAUGUACAACUGCAAAUUCUACUCUAACUUGCGGGCUACAAACCAGCAGGGAACAUUCCUGUAUAAAAGGUUUAUCGGAAAUUUCUGAGUGGCUUCUUAGGCAUCUGGCUCCUGAAAGUUUUGUAGACCACAGCACAUACUCGAAAGUUUGCGGAAGCUUUGCUCUUUCCUUUUUGCGGCUAUACAUGGACGAGGAUGAUUUCUUAUUUGAAAUGCUCUUGCAGCUGCUGCACUCUCCCUUCACUGCUGAGCUACUAUCAUACAAAGAAAACAACAAGAUUUUUGAGGAGGUGAAGGGAAAUACACACUUUCAUAUUUCAAGCGUUUUUAAUCCUAUACACCUUUUCCAUCUAUUUCUUGCAGAGUUACACUAUGAUCAUCUGGUGCUUCUUGAUUACCUCAUUUCAAAAGAUACAGGAGUUCAUUGUGUACAAUAUCUUUUAAGUUCAACCUCCUUUACCAGGGCAGGGGAUUGGCUGGAGCGUUGCUACCAGGUGGAGUUUUUAACACUACGAACUGCUUAUCUGGGGAAAUUAUCAACACAAAACACUCUUUGUUGGGAAGCCAACUCUCUCUUGCAGAUUGGUGAGCCUUAUAAUUGAAGAAGAAAAUAAGAUAUAAGAGAGAUACAGAGGAUAGAAGACUGAAAUUCAUUCCUUGAACAAAGAGAGGGACAUAUCUCUUAUAAUGCAACCCUAUAGCUAAUAAAGAAAGAUAAAACAUCUUUUAUAAUUACAAGCUUAAGGAGGCACUAAUUUGUAUGGUUCACAAGCAUGGUACAUCGUAAGAGACAAACUUUUGGUACUUCCUUUUCCACUUUCCACUACUCCAAUACCAACGGCUUGUUUAUGAAGACAGAAAAUAUACUUUUAGUUAGCCAGUAAGAAUUCUAGCAGCGAAGUGGAUUCCCAUCAAAUAUGGAUGCUUGCAAAUGUAGUGGCUAUGUUUAGGGCUGGUUUUGAAGGGAUGGAACAUGCUUCUCCCUCAUGGGGGAGAAAUAUGCUGGUGGACUCAGGAUAAUGAUAAGCAUUAAAUUAAUGGACUAUGAGAUCAAUGGUCUGGAUCACCAACCAUGGGCCCCACUUGUACUACUAAGGGCAUCAGGACACAAUGCAUGCCAUGAUGCAUCGCGAUCUAUAAGAUGUCAUACCAUUUCAGGAUUUUUUUUUAAUUCUUGCAGUAAGCAUUU